UGCCUCGUCUUUGCCUACUGAACAGCCAUGAGAAGGCAGCUCCGGUCCAGAAGGGCUCCGGCCUUUCUUCACAGUUAUCGCUACAGACUUGAUGAUCAGGAUGAGGUAAACCAGAACUACUUAGCUGAUGAAGAGGAAGAAGCAGAAGAAGAGGCUCGGGUGAUGUUGGUACCCAAUUCGGAGGAGGAGGAGGUGGAGGAAGAGGAGAGGAAAGAAGAGGAGGAAAAGGACGAGGAAGAGGGUCAGGGUCAGCCAACAGGCAACACCUGGUGGCGGAAAUUGCAGAUCAUGAACGAAUACCUGUGGGAUCCGGAGAAAAGGAUGUCUCUGGCCCAAAUAGGUCAGAGUUGGAGCCUGAUUUUAGUCAUUUACUUCUUCUUCUAUGCCUCCCUGGCUGCUGUGAUUACUCUGUGCAUGUACACGCUAUUUCUGACCAUCGGUCCUUACAUGCCAACCUUUACUGAGAGAGUGAAGCCUCCUGGAGUUAUGAUCAGACCCUUCGCCCAUAGCCUUAACUUCAACUUCAACGUUUCUGAACCCGACACUUGGCAGCAUUACGUGAUUAGCCUAAAUGGCUUUCUCCAGGGUUAUAAUGACAGUCUCCAAGAGGAAAUGAAUGUAGAUUGUCCCCCGGGGCAGUACUUCAUCCAAGAUGGAAAUGAAGAUGAGGACAAGAAAGCCUGCCAAUUUAAGCGCUCCUUCCUGAAGAAUUGCUCUGGCCUGGAAGACCCUACUUUUGGCUACUCUACUGGACAGCCCUGCAUCCUUCUAAAGAUGAACCGGAUUGUAGGCUUUCGUCCUGAGCUUGGAGAUCCUGUGAAAGUUUCCUGCAAAGUUCAGAGAGGUGAUGAAAACGACAUCCGAUCCAUCAAUUACUACCCAGAGUCGGCUUCUUUUGACCUCCGCUACUACCCUUACUACGGCAAACUGACUCACGUUAACUACACCUCCCCGCUGGUGGCAAUGCACUUUACAGAUGUGGUGAAGAACCAAGCAGUGCCUGUGCAGUGCCAACUGAAGGGCAAAGGCAUCAUAAAUGAUGUCAUCAAUGAUCGUUUUGUGGGUAGGGUAAUCUUUACUCUGAACAUAGAAACCUAAGAAUUUCAGGGGGCCACACACACCA